CAUCACACAGCAAGCUAAGGCCGGCACUGCUUACACCAUCUCCAAUAGCCGGCUCUCUCUCUCUCUCUCUCUCUCUCUCUCUCUCUCUCUCAAAAGUGACGAAACUAGUUUCCUCGAGAAAAAUGGGCCAUUGAUCACCUCCAUAGCAGAGUACCAGUGUUACUUCUUCAACAAAUUGUCUCGACAAGACAGAAAAAUGAAUGCUAGGUAUGGCUCUACGAUGGACCAAAAGGAUAUGGUUAGGUUGUUGAUUGCUACCGUCGAUAACUUCAGCCGAGAUCGGUUGAUUAGUAAAGAACAGAGAACCCAACAAAAAGAACAGUGCGCAGAGAGGUUGGCAGCUGAAGAUGGAAGCUGUGACAAAGACACAGAGGUUCGGUACUCGGAUCAAGCAGUGUUGGCAAAUUUGGACUGGGGUAUCGAAGCCCUUGAAGAAGCAAUCAACACCUCUAAUAUGGAAACUAAACUUGCACGAUUGGACUAUGCAGAGAAGAUGCUGCAAGUGUGUGCCAUGCUCAACUCCACCCAGGAAACUGCUGGGGUUCCCAACUUCUAUCUCUCUGCUUGGGCUCACCUCAACCUUUCAUACCUGUGGAAAUUAAGGGGCAACGUUCACGAUUCAGUUCUUCACGUUCUCGAGAUGUUUAUAGUAGACCCUUUCUUCUCGCGGAUCGAUUUUGCUCCUGAACUUUGGAAAGACCUGUUUCUUCCACAGAUGAGCUCGAUCGUAGGGUGGUAUUCGGAGGAGAGGCACAGACUUAUGAUGGAAGCAAUUCCUGACUGUUCUGAUUUGUCCUUGACUGCUGAUUUGGAUCAGUUUUUCAACGAGUCUGUGAUUUUCUCAUUGAGGCCAGAUCAGAUGGAGAAACUGCAAAAGCUGGAAAAGCUUUACGGGGAAGCAUUUGAUGACAAUACACGGCUUUUUGCUAAAUAUUAUAAGGAUCUCAUGAACUCUGAUUUGUCCUCGAACAAGAGGGUGAUUCCGAUGUUGCCAAUUGCUGAGCCUCCAAUGACUCCUUUGCAUGAGGUCAGCCGUUCGAUUCCAGAUUAUGUAAAAUUCGGUCCUAUCUUGCCCAAGAGUGCUGGAUUUUCUGCAGUUCUUAAAUCUAAGUAUGGUGCAAGAGAAGCAAGCAGUAACUUGGCUUCUAGCAGAAAGAAUGCAAGUUCCAUUACCUCUCAGAUUCGUGAGGAGUCUGCUAGAUGGGAACCUCAGGACGGGUCACUCGAUGAGAAUGAAGACGAGUCUGAAUAUGAGCCUGAUGAUGGUUAUGCGGAUUGCGAGGAUACAUCAACCAGAAGAUUACAUCUUAGGGGCGUGAAGAUGGUUGAUGACAAGGAAGCUAGGCCUAAAGGACUUCCAUCUGAAAUAAGGAAUCAAGUACAUUCUUCCUCAAUCUUCUCUCCUCUGGAUUCCCCUGGAACUACUUCUCCAAAGAAUCUAUCUCCAAACGGAGAUGAGUAUUGUGAAAAGGAACCCAUUUCUAUGUUGCGCCUUUUUUCCAACCGGAUCACGGAUUCCACUGUAGCCACCCCGUUGCCUGAAUCUCCACACACGAGGAACGAUUACAGUAUCAGCUCAGCAGAGUCUGAUGGUGAAGUGAUGAACAUUUGCAGGAAAAUCUAUGGCCACACACGGACAACUAGUCAUGACAGUGUGAAUAGGCAAGUAUUAGUAAAUAGUUCCAUUCAUGAAGGGGAGGAGGGAAACCAGCACUUCAUUUCUCUCCCAAUUUCUGAGAAGUUGACUACUCGAACAAGACCGCCUAAGGAUUUUGUUUGCCCCAUCACAAGCCACAUCUUUUGUGAUCCUGUUACCCUUGAAACAGGUCAGACAUAUGAGAGAAAAGCAAUUCAAGAAUGGCUGGAAAGAGGAAAUGAGACAUGCCCUAUUACACGGCAACCUCUUUCUGCCAAUACACUGCCCAAAACAAACUAUGUUUUGAAGAGGCUAAUAACAUCUUGGAAAGAACAGUAUCCUGAUCUCGCUCAGGAGUAUUCAUAUUCCGAAACACCAAUGAACUCACUUAGUUUACCCUUCACAAAAGAAAUACGCUUGGUCUCCACCCUAACUAGAGCAAGUGAUUUCUCCGGCCACAAGAGCAUAGGUGAGCAUCUUCACUAUAGGAGCAAAAGAUUUACGCGAGCAGCAGUAUCUACAUCACCAACCAGUGUGAUAUCUCAAGCUGCAGUGGAAACUAUUAUCAAUGGUUUAAAACCCUACAUUUCGUGUCUCUGUGAUUCUGACAACUUGCAAGAGUGUGAAUCAGCUGUGUUAGAAAUAGGCAGAUUAUGGAAGGACUCAAAGGGUGAUUCUGGGGUUCAUUCUUAUUUAUCCAAUCCGGCAAUUGUAAAUGGGUUUGCGGAAAUACUUUCAGCUUCUACGACAAGAGAAGUUCUCAGAACAUCAGUUUGCAUUCUCUCAGAGCUAGUAUUUGCUGAUGAAACUGUAGGGGAAGCUCUUACCAGUGUAGACUCCGAUUUUGAUUGCCUGGCUGCUCUGCUAAAGCAUGGCCUAGCUGAAGCUGCUGUUCUUAUAUACCAGCUGAGGCCAGCAUUUGCUCAGCUUUCAGCUCAUGACUUUAUACCCUCUCUUGUCCAGAUCAUUAUAAACAAAAAAGAAGAUUUGGAUGAUCUUCAGUUAGUAAUUAUGCCCCAGGAUGCUGCUUUGGCAAUACUUGAGCAGAUUUUGCUGGGAGGGGAUGAAUGCAGCAGGUCUCUCAAUGCCUUGAGUGUCAUUUCUGCAAAUGGAAUUCCUGCUUUAGUCAAGUGUUUGGAUAAGUUGGAGAGAAGAAGAUCUAGCGUUUCCAUACUUUUAUGUUGCAUGCAAGCUGAAAAAAGUUGUCGGAACUUGAUAGCAAAUAUAAUUGAAUUGUCCCCUUUGCUCGAAUUAUUUCAUGCUGGAAAUGAUAGCGUGAAAGGAAUAUGUGUAGAUUUUAUCUCGGAUCUAGUUCGGUUGAACAGGAGGACAUUCUGCAACCACAUCUUGCAGAUAAUUAAAGAUGAAGGAGCAUUUAGCACCAUGCAUGCAUUUCUUGUGUAUCUUCAAAUGGCUCCUGUGAAGCAGCAACCUGCAGUUGCUGCUCUUCUUCUACAGCUUGAUCUCCUGGUUGAGCCACGCAGGAUGAGCAUAUACAAGGAAGAAGCAAUAGAUGCAUUAAUCGAAGCACUCAGGAGAAAGGACUUCUCUAAUUCUCAGAUGGUGGCUAUAGAUACUUUAUUAUCUCUUUCUGGGCGUCUGACCAUCUCAGGGGAAUCCUAUAUUGAAGCCUGGUUACUCAAGAUUGCAGGAUUUGAUCAGCCUUACAAUGCUUUGAUGAAGGCAGAGCAGCUGAGAAAACAGGACAAUGAUUUGGUGGAAACAACGGUUUGCAUUCGUCUGGAAGAGGAAGAGAAAGCUACAAGCUCUUGGGAGAGAAGGGUAGCUUUUGAACUUUGCAACCACGAAAAGGGCUCUAUUUUCAAGGCCUUGAAGGAAUGCCUUAAGAGCAAUUCGUUAGAGUUGGCAAAGUCAUGCCUUGUCCUUGCCGCAUGGCUCACGUACAUGCUUUCUACCCUUCCUCAUACUGGUGUUAGAGGUGCUGCUCGCAAGUUCUUGCUUGAUGAAUUCAUCAAUGUCCUCCAAUCCUCUAAGAACAUGGAGGAGAAGAUUCUAGCGACCCUUGCUAUUAAAACAUUUAUUAGUGAUCCAACUGCACUUGAAACACUGGGAGAAUAUGCUAAACACAUCUACAGAACCUUGAGAGAGCUUAAGAGGACUUCAGUGGUGGUCACAGAUAUAAUGAAAGCGUUGAUGAAUUUGUCAUCUGUAGAUGCAACAGAGUUGUGGAGUUGUACUGAAAUGGCUGAGUUAGAUUCAUCAUCAAAUGGUGAGGUUCUUUCUUUGCUUCACCUAAAUGGUCGGCUUAUAAGCAGCCACUCCGAUGGAACCAUAAAGGUGUGGGAAAUCGGGAAGAGGGUGAUAAGGUUAAUUCAAGAAGUUCAUGAACACACGAAGGCUGUCACAUGUCUCUGUGUCCCAUCUUCAGGUGACAAACUAUAUAGCGGUUCCCAUGACAAAACAAUUCGGGUAUGGGCAAUCAAACAUGAAGAAAUUCACUGUAUUCAAGUCCAUGACAUGAAAGAGGCAGUAAACGACUUGAUAGCCAAUGCUAAUGUGGCAUGCUAUAUUUCUCAAACAACUGGAGUUAAGGUGUAUGACUGGUCUGGGCCUCCAAAGCAUGUAAAUUUCAACAAGAACGUGAAAUGCCUUGCCCUAUCGGGGGAUAAACUUUACUGCGGUUGUAAUGGUUACAGUAUCCAGGAAGUUAAUUUGUGCAAUUACACAUCAAACACAAUCUACUCUGGAACGAGAAAAUUGUUAGGAAAACAAACCAUAUAUUCCCUGCAUGUUCAUGAUGACCUCCUGUUUGCUGGUGGUUCUUCAGUGGAUGCUACAGCUGGAAAGGUAAUUUCCCUUUCCACCAAGACAGUAAUUGGAUCAUUCUCAACUGGACUUGAUAUCCAACGCAUAGCCGUCAACAAUGACUACGUUUUCACUGCCACAAAAUGUGGAAUCAUUGAAGUUUGGUUAAAAGGAGGAGUUGCAAAAGUUGGUUCCAUCAAAAUGGCUGGUGGGGGACAUUCAAAGAUUACCUCAUUGACAUCUGAUAUGGAUGACUUCAAGCUUUUUGCCGGUUCCUCUGACGGCAAGAUUUAUGUUUGGGCACUAGACUAAACGUGGCCAACCAUGGAUAUGGAUUUAAACCGUGUACAUCAAAGUGUUCAAAGCUUCUCUUUUUUUUUUUUUGUCAGACCCAGCCGGAUUGAAGAUUCAUUACCCUCAAUUGAAGAGCAAAGUUAAAUGGAUUUUAAUCAGCUACAAGCAUGUAGAGACAGCUUUGUGCAUGUUGCAUAUAUAAUACUCGGGACAUGAAUCGCCCAUAUUUGGAUAAUAUGGUACUCCUAUUCGAUUUUAGCUUAUAUGACAUCCCAUAUAAUAGGAUACGAGUACGAUAUAUCCUUAAAGAUUAGCAAAUAGUUACCCACUCAA